UAUUUCCAUAUUAUAAAGAUUUUGGAAUCAUUUUCAGACCAUAAGCGAGAAGAUUUACCUGAAUUUCAUGAAACUUUCCUAAAUUGAGGUUAGGUUUUGAGUGAAAGUGCCUGCAGAAGCCUCGACAUACAUCAUAGGAGCACCUUAAAAUGUCUUCAGAAGUCGGAGCAGACCGUCCAGAAGAGAAAGAACAGCCAUCGGCAAAGAAGCCUUGUCUGGAAAAUGUUGAAACUCCCGCAGAAUCUGCUUCCGAACCCCCCACAGAAGUGCUGUCGAAGAGGAAGAUCAAAAAACUGGCCAAGAUGCAGAAAUGGGAAGUCCGGAAGAAGAUAAAGCGCCAGCAGGAACGGGAGAAGCAGAGACUGAAGCGACAACAAGCUAUCCUAGCUGGAAUUGAGAGGACAUCUCCGUCCAGGAAGGAAUUGAAGUACAAUACAACAUCCAAAAGUCCCAGCCCCAUCUCCGUGGCUGUCGAUUUGGAUUUCGAUGAUCUGAUGAUUGACAAGGACAUCUGCAAGUGCGUGAAGCAACUUCUCCGGAUCUACACGGUAAACCGGCGUUCCCAGACGCCUAUCCCGCUGUUCUUCACGGGCAUCAAGAAGGAUGGGAGAAUACACAAGACUUUGGAGCGGAAUGAUGGGUAUCAGAACUGGGAUGUGAAGAUCUCCCAUGAAUCAUUCCUGGAACUCUUUGACCGGGAGAAAAUUGUCUACCUCACGAGUGACUCUGACAACGUGUUGGAUACCCUCGAAGACAAUCACGUGUAUAUCAUUGGUGGUCUUGUUGAUCACAAUUCGCAGAAGGGACUGUGCCACAAAAUAGCCGAAGACAAGGGACUCAGGCAUGCCCGAUUGCCACUCAAUGAAAAUGUUGUGAUAAAGACAAGGACAGUUUUGACGAUAAAUCAUGCAUAUUUUUCGGUGUUUACAGUGUUUGAAAUACUGCUACGGGUCACGGAGAAGAAGUCCUGGAAGGAGGCGAUUCUCAGUGUUCUGCCUAUGCGGAAAGGUGCUAAAGCUAAGGAGGUAUCGCCAAAAGCACCAGAAGCCACUACACAGUAAAGUGUUUUUCUUUAUUGCGGGUGAAUAACCUGGCAUCAUGCAAUGCAGAUGUAAGGGAUGUAAGAAUUCCAAGAGGCAAGGAAAUAAAAUAUAUUUUCUUAAAAGUU